CUACCUCGUCCAUAGACCCUUCAUCUGGGGAACGCCGUCCUUCAACAGACCACUGUCGAGAUCUUCACAAUGCAAACCACAACAUUCCUUGCGUUAGUGUGCGGGAGCGCUGCGGCCGGCAACGCCGCUGCCAUCCCUGGUAGCGAUCCUUAUGUUGGUGAUCUUAGGACAUUCGGUGAGGUCGGGUGCUCCUCAGACAACCAGGGCGUCGCGACAAUCGUGCUAUCUCGAGUUAAGCCGUGCACCCCGUAUCCUCUCGCUUUCAAGUCGAUCGCAAUCCACGGCUUUGAUCGCUGGGAAUUCCUUGUUCAUACCACAGAUGACUGCACUGAUGAAGGCACACCUGUCCAACCCACAGCUCCUGGUGCUGCUGAUCUCGUCUGCACCAGCGCACCUGUCCGCGCAGCCUACGUCGCGUUUUCCAUCGUUGCAGCUCCAUAAAUGUCAAGGCAUUGAUUCUGAGCUACAAAGUCACGCAGUAUCAUAGUGUAUGACUGGCAGGACCACUCGGCAUGUCCAGUCGUUAGUCAUCCCUUACAAUUUGUCAUGUCUGACUUUGCUUGAGCCGACCUGAUUUGUUUCGACCCAGGUGCAUUGAAGCCUGUCAAAUUGGCGUUACCAUAUCGUUCCUGUUGAUCUUUUGGGUCAGAAUAUGAGUCGAUGUCUGCUCAGACUCGACUGCUUGAGAUCGUGGUAAUGAAGGCAUACAGCACGUUUUGUAGAUAUUAUUGGGACAUGCGACAAGUCAGGAUCUGUUGGUGGCGAGAUGGAUUGCAUUCUUGUCAUAAGGAGCAGGCACUAGGUCGACUUGACUUAUGUUUGUUUCCAACAAUCUUGUUGACCAACAAAGUAUAGCACAGCAAACUGGCCGCAUGCCUUGCAAAUGACUUCCGGUCCAUUGCCCU